AUGAGUGGAGUGAUAGAGAAUGGACUACAGCUGUCGGACAAUGCCAAGACGUUACAUAGUCAGAUGAUUUCGCAAGGUGUGGGCGCACUAUAUACACAACAGGAGCUUCAAAAGCAGAUGGGAAUUGGGUCAUUAACAGACCUGAUGUCUAUUGUACAGGAACUGCUGGAUAAGAACUUGAUCAAAUUAGUGAAACAAAACGAUGAACUAAAAUUCCAAGGUGUUUUGGAAUCUGAGGCACAAAAGAAAGCCACCAUGUCGGCAGAAGAGUCAUUGGUAUAUUCUUAUAUAGAGGCCAGUGGCAGGGAGGGCAUAUGGUCCAAGACGAUCAAAGCAAGAACCAAUCUCCACCAGCACGUGGUUCUCAAAUGUUUAAAGAGUUUAGAAUCUCAAAGGUAUGUAAAAAGUGUUAAGAGCGUCAAAUUUCCCACAAGAAAGAUCUAUAUGCUGUACAGUUUGCAACCGUCGGUGGAUAUUACGGGGGGGCCAUGGUUCACAGACGGAGAACUGGAUAUAGAAUUCAUCAACAGUUUAUUGACUAUCGUCUGGAGGUUCAUAUCGGAGAACACCUUCCCCAACGGUUUCAAGAACUUCGAAAAUGGGCCCAACAGAAACGUCUUUUACGCACCAAACGUAAAGAAUUAUUCCACCACCCAGGAGAUCCUGGAGUUUAUUACAGCAGCCCAAGUGGCCAACGUGGAGUUGACCCCGUCAAAUAUCAGAUCACUCUGCGAGGUUCUGGUGUAUGACGACAAGCUGGAAAAAGUCAUGCACGACUGUUACAAGGUGACCCUAGAGAGUAUUCUACAAAUGAACCAAGGCGAAACCGACCCGGAUUCGGGAAACAAAGCCGAGGAGCAUGAAGAAGAGUUUUCCAUCUUCAACUACUUCAAGAUGUUCCCGGCCUCUCAGCACGACAAAGAAGUAGUGUACUUCGAUGAAUGGACAAUCUAG